GAGGACUGUGCCUGCCCCUUUAAGACUGACUCCCGUCCUCCUUCGAGGGAAGUUACGUGAUAACACUUUGUAACCUGCCCCUUUAAACCUGUCUUCUCACCGUACCAGUUAAUCCAGGUACCAAGUGUCCACCGCAUAAUCACAUAUUCAUAACGGAUGCUUCAUUGGUGCUGGCGUGGGCGGGGCAUCAUCGGUCUGCAUGACAGGGUGUCCAAAAUCAAUCAUCUUGUAUUUGCUCUGCUGUCUUUUCAAACCUUAGGCUCGUGAGAUUCAAGGGCUGACCCAAUCCUUCCCUACACGAUUAGUCCAAUGAGGUCAGGCCGUUAGAGACCCUGAGAUUACAAGGAAUAAACGUGGGCUGCACCCACUUAAGGUUUGUCCUUGGUUCACAGACAGCCAUUUUGCCCCUCCUCGUGUCUUGGUAUUUUAACUAACUGCCCACGUUUAAAAGUGGGAGUUUAUGGGUAAAUAGCUGGAUUGUUUUGAGAAAUUGAAAGAUCUGGCCACGUGUCCCCUGGCUGGGGACUGUUUUGAAAUAGUUUCCAGUUUGCCACAGCCCUUCUGUGAUCUAACAACCAGCCUGCAUCACUCAUUUAUCACCAGUCUGGCCCUGGGUAGGCAUUUGAGUUUGGGGCCCCUACUCUAAGUACUUGGGUGGAUGUAAGACUAUUUAUAUAUUUAUGCAGAACAGAUCAGAGGUCCCAAACAACUGGGUGUAUAAUUUGUGCUUAAACUGCUCUUCCUCAUUCUUAUUUUUAUCAAGGUGUCUUUCUGUUAAGUCCAGGUUUGGUAAAGAUGACUCAUCAGAGGUAUUUACAGAAAGAGAUUUGGGAGUUGAUAUUCUUUUAUUACAAUUAAAUCCAUAGUUUUUUGUUUUUGUUUGUUUUUAGGAAAACACCUGAAUCUUGAUUACAUUGAUGUUUUAUGCUAGGACUAUCUUUAUUGAGCAGUCAGUAUAAUUUGUAUAUCUCUAACCACAGUUACAAUUUGGUAAUCUGCACAAUCUUGGCUAGACUUCAUAAAGGCAAGAACUGUGUUUGCCCUGAUAAUUGCUCUAUUCCAUCACUAGAAUCUAAGCUUCCUGAAGAUGGGGACUUUGUUUAUUUUGUUCACAGUUGCCAAGCACAGUGCCUGCUUAAAGGGAAGUGAUUUAUUAAAUGAAUGAAAGAACUUUAAAGGUAUACCUUAUUUUAUGUAAAAGGCGUGUUCCUGAGGAUUCUCUCAAAAUCAGAUGCUUGUAUAUUUGUUGUUAUAAGUUACUAAAAAGGAUUCUGUUGUGGAAAGGCAUCUUUUAGAAGAUUGGAUUUUCCUAAAUUAAUGCACCAACACUUUCACCUAAAAUGAACUUGCACUUGUGCAGCAUCUGCUACAGAGCUAACACUAACAUUUUCUUACUAUGCAAUAGGAUUUGGAAGUGUUGGUGAGCCUUGGAGUUUUCAGUAUUAUUUAUGUUUUUAGAGGUCCAGAGAUUCCAGUUGAGAUCAGUUUGGCAGCCAGACCCUUAUUCUUUCCCCAGGAAGGAGGAGGAGGAGCAGCUGUUAUCAAGAGCAGCACCAACAAACCUGUGCUUUGGGACAGGACCGAUGGCCUUGAGCCCAGGUUGGAGAGCGUUUACAUCAUUUGCCAUGAACCGCUGUGGUGUCCUUCGGAAGGCUGUGAGAAGCAGUGGUUUUCCUUUGUUUCCCUGGGGCCACUGCCCCUGGAGGGGAACCGGAAGCUUUUUGGACCCUGAGAUGAAAGCUUUCCUGGAGGAGAACACUGAAGUCACCAGCCGUGGUAGCCUCACCCCUGAAAUCCAGUUGCGGCUUUUGACCCCCAGAUGCAAGUUCUGGUGGGAGAGAGCUGACCUGUGGCCCCACAGUGAUCCUUACUGGGCAGUCUACUGGCCAGGAGGCCAAGCCCUGUCUAGGUAUCUUUUGGAUAAUCCUGACGUUGUCAGAGGAAAAUCUGUGUUAGAUAUUGGGAGUGGAUGUGGAGCUACAGCUAUCGCUGCUAAGAUGAGUGGAGCUUUAACGAUCAUGGCCAAUGACAUAGACCCUAUUGCAGGAAUGGCUAUUACACUAAACUGUGAGUUGAACCAACUGAAUCCUUUUCCCAUUUUAACCAAAAACAUGCUGGAUUUGGAACAAGAUAAGUGGGACCUUGUUGUGCUUGGAGAUAUGUUUUAUGAUGAAGACCUUGCAGACAGUCUACAUCAAUGGCUGAAAAAUUGCUUUGGGGUCUACAGAACUCGAGUACUGAUUGGUGACCCUGGGCGACCCCAGUUCAGUGGACAUAGCAUUCAGCAUCAACUGCACAAAGUAGCAGAAUAUUCACUUCCAGAGCCCACUAGGCAGGAGAACAACGGACUGACAACAAGCACGGUGUGGGAAUUUCAGCCUUGAGCUGUUGAAGUACCUCCAAUAUGGAUAUAGCUAUGUUUGGGUUUAACCCUAAAGACUGUCCAGUUCAAAGAAGGAAAUUUGUGUUAAAUGGCAAAUCUUGUUUCCAAAAUAUGAAGGUUGAAGUUUUGUCACCCUUUGUCAUGUAACUUGUUCUGCAGUAAGCCAAAUAUAGAAAUCUCUAUCUGUAAUUUUUUUCUAGUUUUACUGCUAUAGGAAUAUAAUUAUAGAAGGCAAUAUCCACAUGUAAUUCAAGUAGCUGAGAGGAAUUAGAUAUUUUAGCAGAGUCUCUUUCUAUAGUUGAGGACAACUGUGAUGUAUCUUUGAAUUAAACAAAAUAAAAAAUACAGAAGAAUACUAUAUUUAAAAAAAAUUGUCUGUUAAGAUCAGAGAUGCAGUUGGUAUGGUACAGAAUACAGUAAGUCCCCUACAUACGAACCUUCAAGUUGUGAACUUUCAAAGAUAUUAAAGUGCCCCUGUAUGCCAGCUGUUGUACUGUACUACCGUACUUUUCAAGGUACUCUACUGUAAGAUUAAAAAUGUUUUAUUUUGUGUAUGUUUUUUAUGAUUAUUUGUGUGAAAAGUAUUAUAAACCUAUUACAGUAGAGUACUGUAUAGUUGAUUGUGUUAGUUGGGUACCUAGGCUAACUUUGUUGGACCUACGAACCCACUCUCGUAAUGGAACUCGUUCAUAUGUAGGGGACUUACUGUACAUGGGCUUCGGAGUGAGGCCACUCUGUCACUUUCUAGUUGGGAUUUUGGGCUAGUUAAGCUCUCUGAGCUUCCAUUUCUUCACCUAUAAAAUAGUAAUAAAAUUUAAUAAACUGCACCUCAAAGGGUUAUUAUAAUAAAGUAUAAAGUGUGUAAUAUAGGAUAAGUACAUAAUAGGGCAUCAAUUAAGAAACACAGAUAAAGAUUUUAGAAUUUCCUACAUACUCAGUACUGUGAUAGCCUCUUUAUGGUUUACUAAGGUCAGUUAGAAAUUGGUUAUGCCACCACUACAUGCCCCAGCUUGUCAGGAUCUUAUAUAUCAAUAAGAACAUUAGGACAUAAAUGAAAAACAAUGUGAAGAAUGUGUAUAGUAUACACUAUGUAAAAAAGAUGUAUGUAUAUACCUACAUAUGAAUGUAUGUGUAAAGAAUGCGUAUUUACUUGUAGUAGAUAUAGAAUAUCCUAUAUCUAUAUGGAAAGAAACUGGUAACAGUGGUUGUCUUCUGAGAGGGUACCAGGUGGCUGGUGGAUGAGGGUGGUAGGGAGACCUAGUUCUUACUUUUGGGUCUUGUAAUUUCGUACCGAUUACCUGUAUUAUAUUUCCUAUUCUCCAAUUUAAAACAAAACGUGACCACGAUAUAUGUUACAGGUAUAAAACGCAGCCUUGCGAAUGUACCGUUGACGCUUGUACAACCUGGGCGUUAGGGGUGCUGACUACCCCACCCACCCCCUGGAGUUGAAAAUCUAUGUAUAACUUUACAGUCCGCAUCCAAGUUUCUGCAUCCGGGGAUGGAUCGUGUAGUACUGUAGUAUUUAUUGAAACAAACCAAACAAAAACACAUAUAAGUGCAGUUCAAACCCGUGUUGUUCAAGGGUCAGCUGUACUCUCGUGUUCUCAUAUACUAAUUAGGAAUUGUUUAUGACACUUGCAUUUUAUGUUUUCUAACAAUACACACCGCCAGUGGGAUUAGGAUACCAGGGAGACAUGAUCAGAGCUACAGUCAUUCAAAAGAAAUGUAGAGAAAGCAGUUAAGGGCAGGUUGUUGCUUAGGCAGGAAAACAGUAUCAUUAGGUGGGAGUUUUGGAGCUGGGUCACAGAGGAUCUUGUGAUCCUGGAACUCUGGAAGUCAGAGUUUAUUACAACCCAAUGAAUCAACUCUUGUUGUAUCCAAUUUCCAUUGGUCUACUGGGGCUUAAUUAUAAACUCAAAAUUUUGAUUCAGCAUUGGUUAAAAUCAAUGGAAAUGAUAGGCUACAGUGGCAUUGGAUGGCAUUUGAGAGGAAAGAGUUUUGUUGACAUAUUCUUUGAAAAUUCAGGAUAGUCUGCUGGGUAUUGUCCUUCUCAGCAAGAUAAGACAGAGAAAAUUAAAGGAAAUUAUACUCUGGAGCACUGUUGGAAAUCAGCUUGAAGAGGCCAAGAGUAGAUUUAAUUUUAAAUAUCUACAUGGGACUUCCCUGGUGGUCCAGUGGUUGACAAUCUGCCUUCCAAUCCCUGGUUGAGGAACUAGGAUCCCAUAUGCCGCAGGGCAGCUAAGCCCACGCAUCACAACUAGAGAGAAGCCCAAGCGCCACAAUGAAAAGCCUGAGCGCCGCAACAAAAGAUCCCGCGUGCCGCAACUAAGACCCAACACAGCCAGAAAUAAAUAUCUACAACACUGUUUCUGUUAUCCUUUCUUAAGUAUUUAUGAGGAGGGUACAAGAAGGUCUUUGAGACGUCCAAAUAUUGCUUAAAAUAUUUUUAAAUUGCCCAUAUAUAUAACAGUGAUCCUUGAAAUGACUUCACAGCAUAACAAACAUGUUUGUAUUAAGACUGUUCACGUUUAAAGAGAUUGAUAUAGUUGGAUUAAUUUCUACCAUAUUUAUAACUGUUCCCUAUUCGUUGCCUUUGUUGUUUCUUUUUUGUGUUCUACUUUUUCUGCCUUUUCUGGUUUUAUCUUUUUUUUGUGUGCUGUGUCACAUGGCUUGUGGGAUCUUAGUUCCCUGACUAGGAAUCACACCCCAGGCCCUCGGCGGUGAGAGCACAGAGUCCUUAACCACUGGAUCACCAGGGAAUUCCCCCUCUUCUGGUUUUAAUUGAGGAUUUUAUGUGAUUCCAUCUUCUCUCCUCCCUUAGGAUGUCAGUUAUAUUUAUUAAAAAAAUUUUUUUAGCAGUUGCCCUAGAGUUUGCAGUGUAUAUUUACAACUAAUACAAGUCCAUUUUGAAAUAAACACUGUGCUGCUUCAUGAUUUUCAGUUUGUUCAGCUUUUACCUUGUGAGGACAGGAGUGAUGACAUCUAAUCUCUGUACGUCACAGACCAGAAACUUGAAGUGUGGGUAUUACUUUUAUUUAUUUUCUUGUCUAUUCAUUCAACAAAUAUUUGGGUGCUUAUUAUGUACCAGAGACUGUUCUAGGUAUUGGAGAUACAGCAGUGAAAAAAAGAGAAAUAAUUUGUCUUCAUGAAGCUUAUAUACUAGGGUCGGGAGACAGAUAACAAAUAAAAAAUAAAACAUGUCAGAUGGUGACAGGUGGAAAGGGGAAAAAUAGAGUCUAGAGUGACAGGUAAGGGUGACAGGGAUAGGUAGGAUAGGGAUGGGAGAUCCAAAUUUUAAACAGAGUGCCGAGAAACAGCUAAGGUAACUAGCAGUAUAAAAAAAGAA